AUGCCUGUUCGGAGAGGUCAUGUUGCGCCACAAAACACCUUUUUGGGGAUAAUUAUAAAGAAAUUUGAGGGACAAAAUAAGAAAUUCAUUAUAGCCAAUGCCCGGGUUCAGAACUGCGCCAUCAUCUACUGCAACGAUGGCUUCUGUGAGAUGACCGGCUUCUCGCGGCCGGACGUGAUGCAGAGGCCGUGCACCUGUGACUUCCUCCAUGGAGAGUUCACCAACAGGCAUGCCAUCGCCCAGGUAGCCCAGGCUCUGAUGGGGUCUGAGGAGCGCAAGGUGGAGAUCACCUACCACCGCAAGGAUGGCUCUGACUUCCUGUGUAACACCCACAUCAUCCCAGUGAAGAACGAGGAGGGCAUGGUCAUGAUGUUCAUCCUCAACUUUGACUACAUCCUAGAGGAGGACAGCAGUGACUCUCUGGAGGGACUCAACCACACGUCUCCUGCCAAAGCUGAACCAAGUAGAUUCUUUUGUUUCCGGCUCCCAGCCUUACACCUCCUGGGCAUCAGUAAGCAGUCCCUCCCUCAGGAGGACCCUGACGCCGUCAUGAUCGACUCGCCCCGCCGCAGCGAAGAGUCGGUGGCCACCCGCGACUUCCGGUCACUGCCCACCCGGGAGAGCUGCAGCCCCUCCUACACCAACGACACGCGAGCCCUCAUCGGUCCCAGCCACUGCUCCACCCCUGUGUCGGGACCCCUGGACCACUCAUCCCCCAAGGGGCCAGUCUGGAACAGGCUGGUUCCCCAAGCGGUUCCCCAGGCCCAGCCUCAGACUGUGGGCACUCUGGCCCCCUCCAUCUCAGGCCUGACCCCCACCGCGUCCAGGGAGAGUGUGUGUAGUAUCCGGAGGGCCUCCUCUGCACAGGACAUGGAGGGUUUUGGCUCCAACUCCAAGAUGGCCUUCAGGGACCGACACGCAAGUGAAGACAAUGAUCAUAAUAUCAAAGGACCCUUCAACCAGAUCAAAUCCAGUCUUCUGGGCUCCACGUCUGACUCCCACCUCAACAGAUACAGCACCAUCAACAAGAUCCCCCUCAUCACGCUCAACUUCUCAGAGGCCAACAAUGACAAGAAGUGCCCCUCCCCUUCGUCCUCCGAGAAAACCAUCAUAGCCCCAAAGGUCAAGGACCGAACACACAACGUCACCGAUAAGGUCACACAGGUGCUAUCCCUGGGCGCAGAUGUGCUUCCCGAGUACAAGCUCCAGGUGCCGCGCAUGGACAAGUUAACUAUCCUCCACUACAGCCCCUUCAAAGCGGUGUGGGACUGGCUCAUCCUGCUGCUGGUCAUCUACACGGCCAUCUUCACGCCCUACUCCGCCGCCUUCCUCCUCAACGACCUAGAGGAGCAGAAGAGGAGGGAGUGCGGCUACUCGUGCUCGCCGCUCAACGUGGUCGACCUCAUGGUGGACAUCAUGUUCAUCGUGGACAUAUUGAUCAACUUCAGGACAACCUAUGUGAAUCUCAACGAGGAGGUGGUCAGCCACCCGGCGAAGAUAGCCAUCCACUAUUUCAAGGGCUGGUUCCUCAUCGACAUGGUGGCUGCCAUCCCCUUUGAUCUGCUCAUCUUCGGCUCGGGAUCAGAUGAAACCACCACUCUGAUUGGCCUGCUGAAGACCGCCCGGUUGCUCCGACUAGUUCGCGUGGCCCGUAAGCUGGACCGAUAUUCAGAGUACGGAGCCGCCGUCCUUAUGCUCCUCAUGUGCAUCUUCGCCCUCAUUGCCCAUUGGCUGGCCUGCAUCUGGUACGCCAUCGGCAAUGUGGAGAAGCCCUAUCUGGAGCACAAGAUUGGCUGGCUGGAUAACCUGGGCGUGUCCAUUGGAAAGAGGUACAACUACAGUGACCCCAGCUCUGGCCCGUCCAUCAAGGACAAAUACGUCACGGCCCUCUAUUUUACCUUCAGUAGCCUGACCAGCGUGGGCUUUGGCAACGUCUCCCCCAACACCAACUCCGAGAAGAUCUUCUCCAUCUGUGUCAUGCUGAUUGGCUCCCUGAUGUACGCCAGUAUCUUUGGUAAUGUGUCGGCCAUCAUCCAGCGGUUGUACUCUGGUACGGCGCGGUACCAUCUGCAGAUGCUCCGGGUCAAAGAAUUCAUACGCUUCCACCAGAUCCCCAACCCACUGAGGCAACGCCUGGAGGAGUACUUCCAACAUGCCUGGAACUACACCAACGGCAUCGACAUGAAUAUGGUCCUAAAGGGUUUCCCAGAGUGUCUCCAGGCUGAUAUCUGCCUCCACCUCAACGCGAGUCUGCUCCAGGGCUGCAAGGCAUUCCAAGGGGCUACUAAGGGCUGCCUGAGGGCCCUGGCCAUGAGGUUCAAGACCACGCACUCCCCACCGGGCGACACACUGGUCCACUGUGGAGACGUGCUUACUGCCCUCUACUUCUUGUCACGAGGGUCCAUCGAAAUCCUCAAGGAUGACAUCGUGGUGGCCAUUUUGGGGAAGAAUGACAUCUUUGGGGAGAUGAUCCACCUGUACGCCAAGCCGGGGAAGGCCAACGCGGACGUGCGGGCGCUCAGCUACUGUGACCUGCACACCAUCCACAGGGAGGAGAUCCUGGAGGUGCUUGACAUGUACCCUGAGUUCGCCGACUACUUCCUCAGCAAUCUGGAGCUGACCUUUAACCUCCGAGACGAGAGCGGCAAGGUAAAUACAGACGGACGGACAGACAGAAACAGAUGGAUGAAUGAGGACGGAUGGACCAUGCGAUCGUUAGGCAGUACAGAUGCAAUUGUAAGGGGUGUAUUUUCUUGUACGCAGCCUCAGAAUGCAGAGUCAGUCUACCCCUACCCCAGUGAUUCUGAUGGGGAUGACAUCAAAUGCAGAAGAAGGCUCACUAACAAGAGGAAAUCUUCCGCAGGGACCCAGAUCAAAGAGACGUCGGUGUUCUGCGAUGGUGACCUGCGUGGGGAGGAGUGGGGGUGCGUGCGGCCCAGAGAGGUCCUGGAGGAGUCGGCCCAGGCCCAGGACUCCCGAAGUGGGGUCGUAGAGGAGGACAGUGAGCCGGACAUCACCUACGGAGAGGUGGAGCAACGUCUGGACCUGCUGCAAGAGCACCUAAACAGGCUGGAGUCCCAGAUGACGUCAGACAUCAAGGCCAUCCUCCAGCUGCUGCAGAGGCAGACCACCGUGGUUCCCCCGGCCUACAGCAUCGUCACCUCCAGCCCAAAGUACCAGAGGCCUGCAAUCAGGGUGCAGCCUGUUUCUGCCAUCAGGAUCACAGAGCCUCAACACAGCCUCAACCCUGCUUCACCACUGGCCCAGAAUCCUGACAUGGAGAAGCCUCUGAACAAAUCCAAAGAAUCCAUGUCAGGCCAGGGUCCCACGGAAAUGCCCCCGGAAGAGGACCUCAAGGCGGGACUGCUAGAGAAGGACACAGAGCCCAGACACACACAAAACAAAAUGGACUCUCCGGAGAAACAACAACCUGGAGCUCUCUUCCCCUCCGCCAGACAAGCCUCGCUCCCCGACGCAUCACCUGAACAUUCAGAAAUGUCAGGACUCCACAGGCCGGUAUCCGACCCUGGGCUUCUGGGAAAGUAGGCCCUUUCGCCUGCGUGCGCCUCUCUUUCUCACUACGGAAAACUAGGGCUUCUCUCGAAGUUUGACUCAGGGUCUUAGAAGGAGACUGUAUAUGCAAAGAAUACUGUCGACUUCCUUCCAUCCAUUCCUUUUCCAAUAUUUUCUGCCGAUCUCUGAUUCAGAUGUGUUAUAAAGUACAUUUAUAUAGCGGUAUUUAUACUGUAUAUUACUACUAUCUGUAAUUAUCUACCAUGUACAUAUUUCAGAUGUCAUACUGCCAGCAACACAAAGGCACCUAACAUGUUUGUUCUUCCAAGAAAAAUGCAUGUCUUGGAAGUGUUUUCUGUUGCAUGGUCAAAACACAACCCAUCUCAUGCACUGCACAGUCAUGGUGUGAGGUCGGCAUGCUUUCAGAGUAAUGAGUAUCCGUUAUAUAGUUAUUCCCAAUCGAUGGGGACAAAGCCACUUGAAACUCUCUUUCAAAGGCAUUUUCAAUCUGAAAGUAAGUGUGCAGUUUUAAACUCAUCGCAUUAAUGACCUUAUCAAACAGACACCAUGUAAUGUAUUUGGCUAAUUAACAAUCUCCACGUCCGACAUUAUAUAUACAAAUAUUUCAUCAUAUAUUGUGCUUAAGUACCUACCGUCAACUUGUCUUUCAAAAAGUAAUCUGAUCAGAAGAGACAAAGAACCACUAUGUAAAAUACAUCUUCUAUUAGAUUAUAAAUACACAGAUAUGCAAAUGAAUAUGAUUUAAAUGGUUGGGAAAGCUCUUAUACAAAGUAUCCCUUACACUGCUAAAGUAUUCCUGAGAGAGAUUAUUUGUAAUCACUUUGCACCACAAGUCUCUUUCAUGGGGCCAUGAAAGCAAUAACGAUAACAUUAAAACAUUAAUUUACACACAUGAAUAAUAUACAUAUUUGAUUAAUGACUAGAAAUUAGCACGGGUACAUGCCCAAAAGUCUUUAAAACUUGUACGGCAUGAACUAAAACAGAAACUAAAAGACUGUACUUCAAGUUCUGUAUUCUUGUUAAAAAAAAACUACAUGCAAAUGGACUCUACUGUAUAUUUGAAUUUACAAAAGAGAUACUUAUCCACUUAAUAUAGCUACUUUCCUCCCUGAAUCACUGAAUAUGUUUUACUAUUGAAAAUAUUGUCAAAAAAUAAUUUAAU